CAGCUAUUGGUUGAAACGCUCGUGGCUUUUAUAACACUGAGGCAAAAUGUUUUGUAACUGUGUUGUUGAAGUGACCUGAAGUUUAGUUUGGUGGCAGUGGUCCGGGGUCGUCUUGCAGGAAAGAUAAAGCCAGUAAUAAUACAGGAGCUGUGUCUAAACCUCAAGCCGCCUGUAGCAUCUUCUUCCCGGCCACUGGCAGCAGGAUGUCCACGGUGCCCAAAGUGAGACUGUCCGGCGGUCUGGAGGUCUGCCGGAUCCUGAACGGGAUGUGGCAGGUGUCCGGGGCGCACGGAGCGGUGGAUCAAGUCAAAGCAGUUGAGGAUAUGCAGGCCUACGUAGACGCUGGUCUGGUCACAUUUGACAUGGCAGACAUUUAUGGGCCUGCAGAAGAAAUAUUUGGACGUUUCAACAGCCAGCUGAAGAGCAGAUCCUCUGGAAGUGACAUCCCGGCUCUGCAGAGUCUGACCAAAUACGUGCCAAGACCAGGACCAAUGGACCGCAAGGUGGUGGAGAAGGCGCUGCAGCGCUCUAUGACCCGUAUGCAGGUGGACAGUUUGGACUGUGUUCAGUUCCACUGGUGGGACUAUAGAGACAAGAGAUACCUGGACGCACUGGCACAGCUGUCCGACCUGCAGCAGGAGGGACUUUUACGAGAGCUCGCCCUCACUAACUUUGACACACAGAGGCUGGAGGAGAUCACUAACAGAGGCAUCCACAUCUCAAGCAACCAGGUGCAGUACUCUGUGAUUGACCAGCGACCCGCAGCAAAGAUGGAGCAGUUCUGUCGAGCUAACAACAUUCAGCUCCUCACUUACGGCACUCUGGCUGGUGGUCUACUUUCGGAGCGUUAUCUGGGAAAGGUGGAGCCUAGUACCAGGGCGGAGCUCUACACUGCCUCCCUCUCUAAGUACAAGAACAUGAUUGACACCUGGGGUGGCUGGAGCCUUUUCCAAGACCUCCUUGUCACCUUGGAGACCGUUGCCAAGAGACACGACUGCUCAGUGGCCAGCGUGGCAACGCGUUACGUGCUGGAUCGCCCUGCGGUGGGCGGGGUCAUCCUGGGCUGUCGGCUAGGCGUCGCAGGGGCGGGGCAACACAUCAGUGACAGCCUGCGUAGCUGCAGCCCUGACCUGAAGCUGACGGUGGAAGAUCUUGCUGCCAUCGAGGCAGUGACACGGCGCUCCAGGGACCUCAUGGCGCUCAUCGGGGACUGCGGGGAUGAGUACAGGAGCUAACGGGGGGGGGGGUUGCUGAUUGACUGGGUGUGACAGACAGGAGGAGGAGGAGUUCAGUAAGAGAGAGGAGAAACAUCUCACACACAACAGCCCCGUAAAGAAACAGAAUAAAAUGCAUCUAUGAAAAUCAGUUCAAUUCUCCAAAUUAGUUUCUGCACACAAACACUGAAGCUGCUGUUCUGUGAGACGUCACAAAGAGCGUUCAGUAGCCGCGGAGCUGCAAGUUUAACUUACCUUUACCUUUCAUAAUACUUACAAAGAUUGUAUGUGGCUCAUGCGAGGUGUCGUUUUUUACCUUCUGAAUAUUUGAUAAACAGAUUGAAGGCUCUCCGCUGCAGCGCAUGCUCACACUGCUUAAGUGCUCUUUAAUGUGGGAGGGAAGCCUCACCUUCAGCCUUGAGUACAGUUGCACUGAGAUGCACACUCAGUAAUUAGGGUUUAUAUUUAUUCACUUUAUUGAUCCCAAACUGGGAAAUUGAAUUUUUAUUAUUAAAUUUAAGUGUCUUGUCAGUCUGUUAGUUACAGAAUUUCAAGCGUGUGUCAGUGUCUCUUUUUCAGUUGUCUACUACACUGUCAUAUAAUUCUAUAUUGUGCAUGAUAACAUGGGAUUCUGAGCUUUUUUUCUGUUUUAAGUUUAAUUUAAUGUUCAAGUUGCAUUAAAAUCACAUUGAAGGAG